GCCAUAUUGAAGGACUGCUCCGUUUUCAUCAACUCGGGCUUGCCGUCCCCACGGGCUAGCACAUUCCAGCCUCGAUUUGUUGUGGUUCUGCCUUGCACCGCUCAGUUAAUUGAAGCCACCGUUAUUUUUCAAUAUUUCGCAUCGAAUCAAAAUGCGAUUUAGUGUCUUGCUUUUCAGGCUAUCGAAGCAAUAUGCGCUUUGUGCUGACCGUCGCUUUGGGAAAAAGUGUACAUGCUUUGUUUGGCAAGCCAUGCGAGCCUUGAAUGCUUAUAUGGUAUAUAAGUUCUUGAUCCCAACUCCUGAAGUUGAUCAUCACUGCUUCAAUCGGACUCAAUCUACUGCACACUCUUCCAGAUAGACCAAUCUUCAGUUCAACUUUCACUUCGAUCAGCUUUCCAAUCAAGAUGAAGCUCUCCACAGUCCUCCCCGCCGCUCUUCUGAGCUUCGCCAUGGCAGCACCAGUUGCCGAACCCCAAGAUAUCGACUUCGAAGCCUAUGAGGCGAUCGAGAUCGUCCCUGAUGCGACUGCCCCUAUUGGAGCUGUGGUUCCAGCAGCCGUCGUCUACGACCAAGAGGGUGCCAUUGAAGAUGCUGUUGCGUCUGCCAUUGAUCCAGCCGACCCUGAUCUUACCAAGCGUGGGAACUGUGCCCCGGCUCCACCUGGCAACGCUCCAGCGACUUCGUCUCCAGAUACCGCCGAGGCAUUCGUUGCCAAUCCUGUCUAUUCAGCAGCAGCAUUGGGAGCUGCUACUCCCCCAGGGUGGUUCCUCGUUGAUGGCUACAAGAACUUGCAUGCCAGCGCCGCAAGCCCCACAUACAUGACCUACACCAGCAGCCCAUUGACAAGCUACGACCCAGCAAAAUGUGCCGCGAUCUGUGCUUCCAAAGCUGGCUGCACCUCGUUCAACAUCUUCUUUGAGAGAGACCCAGUCAACAACCUUGACAAGAAAAACUGCCCAGACUCUGCUUCUCUCACUCGCAUCAAGUGUUCCUUCUUCGGAGGACUAAUCACAGUGGCUGAUGCCACCAAUGAUGGACAAUACACCGGCGUAUUCCAUGUUGUGACUGCUGGAUCAAAUGCCUACACUACCAAUCCUCAAUCCAUUCCUGGUUUCACUGGACCUGUCUCUCUCGGCAGUGCCACCAUCAAGGCUCCAACCAGCGAUAAAACAUAUAUGGGAUCCCAAACUUUCCCGCAGACACAGCCAUAUGACCCCGCUGUUUGUGCUGCUACCUGUCAAGAGAAGAGCGCCUACAACCUCCGCCACGAAACUGUUCCCGGAACUGCUCGUAUCUGCAGAUUCUUUGACGCCUACAUCCUGUACAAGGAUGGACAGAACCCCGUCUUCACCUGCGCUUACUACACCCAAGCUUAUGAUGCGUCCUAUGCUACCAAUGUUGGGCAAUACAACUCCGCUGGUGCCCACUUCACCAAUGAGCACAGCUACACAUACACUCUGAAUGAGCCUCAAGAAGCUUAGAGAGUUGUAACAAGUUCCAAUCUUGAAUGUUGCUGUGAUGCACUGUUUAAAGGAGGCUUGAUUGAGUUUGCAGGAGUUUCUUCGCUUGAUUUUGAAUUUGGCCAUCAUGGGGUCUCAAGAUACCAUUGGGCUUCGUUGGCUCGGGUUGGAAAUACACGAACUUUAGUAAAAUGUUCAAUUUAAUAUUCAAUGACAUCUGCCAUUACCUGUUUCAGAAAUCAUUUGCUUCCUGUACAUUCGUGGUGUUCUUGGUACGGUGGCUUCUCCCGCCCUGUUCUCACUUCAGACAGCCAAUGACUCAAUACAUUUACCAGAUUUAUGAUCUUAUUGGAUUCCGUGGACAGCAUCUUUGCG